GUGGCUCACCCGUUCACUUAUCACAACCACGACCACCGUUCACGACUUCGUUUUCCGCCAUAUCUUUCCAUCUUAAUCUUCUUCAUAUCUCAUCUGCACCUGGACUAAAACUGCUCUUUCGGAAUACCGCUCUGAACCGCUUUGAUUUAUAAAAAUACCAAUAGGAAUGCCAGUAUGUGGUAGUUCGUCUGGGACACCGUCAUUUGGCAGGAACCGGCCAAUACAAAGAAAGGUUGUCGUCUGCGGUGACGGUGCAUGCGGAAAGACCUCCCUUCUGAACGUCUUUACGAGAGGAUUCUUCACCCAAGUCUAUGAACCUACGGUGUUCGAGAACUAUGUUCACGAUCUAUAUGUUGACGAUCAGUUGGUUGAAUUGAGUCUGUGGGAUACCGCUGGUCAGGAGGAGUUUGACCGUCUGCGGUCAUUGAGUUAUGCAGAGACUCAUGUCAUUAUGAUCUGUUUCUCGGUGGAUAAUCCGACGUCAUUAGAAAAUGUGGAAUCCAAGUGGAUUGAUGAGAUCCUGGAAUACUGUCCAGGUGUUAAGCUAGUGCUAGUCGCUUUGAAAUGCGACCUUCGAGACGACCGUGGCGUGCAAGAUCGGUUGGCUCGCUUUGGCAUGCACACCGUGCAAUAUGAAGAGGGACUCACAGUUGCAAGACGAAUAAGGGCUUCGAGAUAUCUCGAAUGCAGUUCAAAACAUAAUCGUGGAGUCAAUGAAGUAUUUUACGAAGCUGCCAGAGUCUCGCUCAGUACCCGAGCGAAAGGCUCAGGGUCGUAUUCAGGACGGAGCGGUUGUAUCAUUGCAUGAUGCAUGGCCGUUUUCUUUCAUUUCCUCAUGGGCUGUUUCUCGUUUAUGGACAUUUGUCGUAUAUGUAUAUUGUUUUCCAGCUAUGCAUCUCAGUUCCUGUUCGCAUAUACCUAACUGUACCCUAACUGUACUAACUAGUUCCUGUAUGUUUGUAAUAUCAUAGUACAUCACUUGCUGCGCAACUUUUCAUGUCUCAAUACUCAUUGCUGCCGAUAAUUCAUGAAGAGAAUACCGACAUAAUGAUAAUUAUUCCAUAGGCGUUACGAGAGUCAAACAGAGGGAUAUGCAAUAGGACAUUACAACAAGAUGAAGUAUGAGUAGUGUGCGGAUGUCUGAUCAGAAACCGCCGAAACCAGUCAUGGCAGGAGGCAUAGGCAUACCAGUCGCCAUAGGCAUCACUGGCGGUGCUUGCCCAGGGUAU